GAGAGAGACUGAGGCCGGAGCUGGGAGCUGGCACCGGGCAGACCAUCGGGAUUUGUACCGCGGCUGCAGUGGCGGCGGCCAAGCCAAGAUGCCGAGACAGGCCCGGUGUGUUUGAGAGAUGCCGAGAGGCCGGCCAGCAGCAGCAGCCGCCGCCGCCCAGCCCAGCCCAGUGUCACCACCGCCGCCGCUGGUCUUCCUUUAGCCCCUGUCCCUCCUGCAGCCCCGGGGCCGUGGAGAGUUAACGGGGGCGAUCCCUCUUCAGAACCCUCCCCUUCCCCUUCCCCUUCCCUCACCUCACUCCUUCCCGGUCAGUCUGUGUCCUCGGACUAGGCGAGGCGAGGCCGCCUUGUCAGCCCCCCACCAUGGUUUACUUGAUGGGAACCAUGCUUACUAUCCAUCCACUUGAGAACUUGAAGGUAUACAUAAGCAACCGUCCUCCACUUGUGGUGUUUAUGAUUAGUGUCAGUGCAAUGGCCAUCGCUUUCCUGACAUUGGGUUACUUUUUCAAAAUAAAGGAAAUAAAGUCUCCAGAAAUGACUGAGGACUGGAACACUUUCCUGUUGAGAUUUAAUGAUCUGGACUUGUGUGUAUCUGAGAAUGAAACUUUAAAGCACCUCAUUAAUGAAACAACCACCCCAGAGAGCACUGUAACAAGUGGACAAAUGCGAUCUUCCACACAAUCUCCAUCAGUUCUGGAAGAUCCUGGACCAAUAAAUAUUUCUGUUUCUAUAACACUCACAUUGGAUCCUCUAAAACCUUUUGGUGGAUACUCUCGCAAUAUUACACACCUUAGUGCAACUAUAUUUGGACAUCAGAUCGGGCUGACAGGGCAUGAAUCACAUGAAGAAAUGAAUAUUACAUUUACUUUGCCAACUUCCUGGAAUUCCGAUGAAUGUGUACUCCAUGGCCAGUGUGAGCAGAUGGUUUACACGACAUGCAUGACCAUUACAGCUGCAACUAAUGUUUUUCCUGUCACAGUCCAGCCACCACAUUGCGUCCCUGAAACAUUCAGCAAUGCUACUGUCUGGUAUAAAAUGUUCACCACAGCUCGAGACGCAAAUACAAAAUAUUCACAAGAUUACAACCCGUUUUGGUGUUACAAAGGAGCAAUUGGGAAAGUGUAUCAUGCACUUAAUCCUAAACUAACAGUCAUUGUGCCAGAUGAUGACCGUUCACUCAUUAAUUUGCAUUUGAUGCAUACCAGUUACUUCCUGUUCGUCAUGGUGAUUACAAUAUUCUGCUAUGCGGUUAUUAAAGGACGGCCAGGGAAAAUACGACAAAACAAUAGUGAAUUCUGUCCAGAAAAGGUAACUUCUUCUUUUCCUGUGACUCAGCCCGAUUUAAAGAAAAAUUAUACUCUGAUCGUGAUGCCUGUUAAAUACAGACACUAACACAGUACAUAAUUGUUGCACUAUCAGAAGCAUAAAUCACCUUCAUUACUGGAAAUGGACAGGUUGUAGCAUUUGCACGUUGAACCCAAAAUAAUGGGUAUUGACACUUUGAUUCCAGUGUCCUGCAAAGUUGGUUUAUUCCAACCAAAGACAUUUUAAGUGCCUGUAUUUACUUUGUACAUAUUUGUAAUAAUAUAUCCAAAACCAGUCUGUCAAUGCACUUGUGCCACAUGCUAACUGCGAUUUUUUUUUUAGAAAAAGUUAAAGACAAAAAAGUUUGCUACCUACCCAGUCUGGAUGUAUAGAAAGAAGGUUCAUGAAAAUUAACCAUGAUUUCCGAAGCAUUUUUUCUCUGUCAAAGAAUUUUGAACUCUUGAUGCUUUGAGUUGCAAAAAUACUUUUAGAAAAACAGUAAGGUGUAUCAAAUGUGUAAAUAAUGUGUUGGAAAUAUGUGCUGUAGUGGUAUAUGCUGCAUUUCUGACACCAAUGAUCUGUUAAGUAUUUGAAGUUAAUGUGUAUAUGUAGUUCAGCACAAUUAUUAUCUCUUGUUAAUGCUUGACAGAAAAGGCAUUAAACCUUUGGAACAUUGAAGAAGACAAAUGUAUAUUAUAAUGCAUUUCAGUACCGCUUGAGCUUGUAGGAAAUGGAGACAGAAUUCAUUGUGUGAUUUACUAUACCGCUGUCCAGCAAAAUUGCUUGCUUAGAAUUGCCAGUGUUGGCUGUAUUAUAUGUAUGGCUUGCUGGAAUACUGUACACAAUUUCUUUUGCUUUAUUUCUUUCUUAUGCACCUAAGCCUAUCUCCCAUCUUACCCACCCCAACCAUUUCCUCAAUCAGACUGUAUUUGCAUGUAUUGUAUUGUGUGCAAACUGGUCCACAAAAUUGCCUUAAUAACCUCCAUUAUUCUACUGGCCUUAUUUUUGUCUUUUCUUGUUUGUUAGCCAUUGCAAAUUGUUUCAAAUAAUACCCCCUUCACAGCUUAUUUUGUUGAAUUCACAUUGUUUGUAAUGUUUGUUAAACGAAAGGAAUUCAAAGCUAUCAUAAAAGAACUUAAAAAGAAAGAUUCAGCACUUUGCUCCCUAAAGAGUAAAGUGGUCCAUAUGAUCUCAAUGCCAGGAUGUUGCUUUGGUGCACUUUAAAUAUUCAAAAAAAAUUGAUAAAAUUGAUCAGAGGUCUCAAUUUCAAACUACAUUUAUUAUUCUGUGUUUCUGUGGAGUAAAAUUCAUUUUUACUCCGUUCUUCGAUCCCUUUCCAGUUAAUUAAUUUUUUGUAAUGAACCUUAUUUAUUAAAUUGAACCAGAUUGAAGCAAAGCUUCUGACAAUGCGCUGGUAACUAUGGAUCCAAACAAUGGUGAAAAGCAGUGAAGAAUGUGGAAGAAAAUCUGUUUUUGUAUACUUUGAAUAUUACACUUUUACUUCCCCAAGCAGCUUUAUUUUAAUAUUUACAUGACAACUAAGAAUUUGAGUUUGGAAAAUGAAAUGUAUUUCAUUUUUGCCAAACAGACUUUCAGUUAAGCAUGUGAUUGGCUGUACUGGUGCUCAAGUAUGCUGAGAUCAAAUAGUUUAUAGCCUGAAGUUUGUGUUUUUUACUCCUUCCUGAUUCAGUUCAAAGCCAUUUCAGUACUGCAAAUAAAACAUGCAGUGCAAAAUAGGCUUGAUUUAAAAUGUAGUACAGGUCUGUCAGCCCAAAUUGGAAUUACAACUUGUUGCAGUUUCUGGCUGGUAUAUUAAAUAUUCCAUAGCAUACAUGUGCAUCUGUGGAAAUCGCUUAUUUUCCACCCCUGUCUCCUGAUUUGAAUGUGGAGAUGUAUUGAUUAUGAGCUAUUGCAUAAACUGAGAUUGCCUCUGUAAAUGUGAUUUUUAACCAUAGUCAUGUUGCCUCCAAUCUCAGUUCAUUUGCAAAGUGCCUGAGCACUGUUAGAAUGCCCCAUAGUUUGUUUAGAAAGGGAAAUCUUUUUGUGUCUUGUGUUGCUUGUUGUCUUGUUGCAUGAUUGUAAUCAUAGCACAUUAUUUUAUGACAAUCUCUGGUUUCUGGAGUUUCUGUGCUUUUUGGUAAAAAUUUGCAUAUGCUUUUGCUGAAUAAAAGGAUCCAAUGAU